AUGACAACUUCAGUCUCUAAGCUUUUCCAGCCCAUCACCAUCGGUGACGUUCAACUGAAUCACAGAGUAGUUCUCUCGCCUCUUACAAGGUUCCGGGCCGAUGCCAAUCACGUACCACUCGUACCAAUAGUCAAGGAAUACUAUUCUCAACGCGGAAGUGAACCGGGUACCCUUCUCACAACAGAGGCAACCUUUAUUCACCCACGGGCGGGAGGGUACUCUAACGUACCAGGCAUAUGGUCAGAUGCACAAAUCACGGCAUGGAAAGAGAUUGUCGAUGCUGUACAUGAGAAAGGAUCGUAUAUAAACCUGCAGAUGUGGGCUGUGGGUCGAGCAGCAUUCCCUGCUCAGCUGAAGUCCGAGGAUCCGUCAUAUCCAUACGUUUCGGCGUCUGACAUCCCACUAUCGAAUCGACCAGAGACUGAUCCAGCUCCUCGAGCGUUAACGGUUGAAGAGAUCCAGGAAUAUACCCGGUACUACGCGACUGCAGCAAGAAACGCUGUACACAAGGCUGGCUUUGACGGAGUUGAGAUUCAUGGGGCUAAUGGAUAUCUUAUCGAGCAGUUCUUGAAGGAGUCGAGUAAUCAUCGCACGGAUGAGUAUGGCGGUAGUAUAGAGAAUCAAGCCAGGUUUGCGUUGGAAGUGGUCGAUGCCGUUGUCAAAGCUGUGGGACCUAGAAAGACAGGGAUCAGACUGAGUCCGUGGAAUACAUACCAAGAUGCCGGAGUGAGAGAUCCCAAACCGACGUAUUCGUACCUCGUGAGCCAAAUUAAGAAUUCUCAUCCGACUUUUGCGUACAUCCACGUCGUUGACCCUCGAGUUGACGGUGUUGAAAACGUUGAGGAUGUAGGAGACCGGAGCAACGAAUUCAUUCGUGAAAUAUGGACCAAAGGACCCGGUGGAAAUGACAGCCAAGAUGGUCGACGUUUAAUUUCUGCAGGGAACUUUGACUUGGAGAAAGGAGUUGAGCUUGCGGAUACUAAAGGCGAUUUGGUUGCGUACGGAAGACGGUUCAUAUCCAACCCUGACUUGCCAUACCGGCUGCGACAAAAUAUUCCUCUGACCCCGUACAAUAGGGCCACCUUCUAUUUUCCUGGAAGUCUUGACCCAAUAGGAUAUACGGACUACCCCUUUGCCCCGAGAGAAAACUCACUGGCAACCCGUCUCUGA